AUGAGUCAUCAAAUUCGGAAUCUGUUGGAGCUGCAGGAGGAAGUGAACUCGUUGGAUAGCCGCUACGUAUUGGAGAAAGUAAUUGGUGCCGGAUCAUACGGAAUAGUAAUACGUGCAAGGGACACACUCAAUGACAACGAGCUUGUGGCAAUUAAGCGUGUUAACAAGGAGAUAUUUGAGGAGAUGAUUCUGGCGAAGCGCGUAUUGCGUGAGAUUAAGUUACUCUCAUUCUUCAAUGAUGAAAAUAUUAUUGCACUUCGAAACAUUCUCACUCCACUUGACAGAGACACGUUUGAUCAUUUCUACAUUGUGAUGGAAAUUAUGGAGACGGAUCUGAAACAAGUUUUACGCACUGGUCAAGAGCUGACGGAGGCCCACGUUCAGUUCUUCAUUUACCAAAUACUCCAUGCAUUGAAGGUCAUUCAUUCUGCCGGCGUUAUUCAUCGUGACAUCACUCCAGCAAACAUUCUAGUAAACCAGAACUGUGAUUUGAAAAUAUGUGACUUUGGUCUUGCAAAGGAAGAAAGUGAUCACGGAGAAAACAUGACUGACUAUGUGACAAUGCGCUGGUACCGUGCACCGGAGCUCGUGAUGGAGGACAAAAACUACUCGGUCCAAAUUGAUGUGUGGGGUGUAGGAAGUAUUCUUGGUGAGCUGCUUGGUUCACGGCCACUAUUUCAAGGCAAAGACCGUGUGCGGCAACUUGACAAGAUCAUUGAAGUAAUUGGUACCCCGUCAGAGGAAGAUAUAAAAUCUAUCGGUUCCUUACCAGCCCAGAAGUAUCUUCGCAAAAAGGAGCAGCGCACCCCACUAGACUGGCGUGUGAAGUAUCCGAAGGCGUCUGAUAAUGCUCUCGACCUGCUGCAGCGCAUGCUUGUCUUUCAUCCUGAUAAACGCAUCACCGUGGACGAGGCACUCCGGCACCCAUUUCUGGCGGAACUCUACGACGAACAAUAUGAGACCAUUGACAUACCCCCCUUCAGCUUUGACGAGCAGGAACAAAAGACGGUGAAUGAUGUGAAGAGGGCGGUGUACGAGGAGAGUGUGAGGUUCCACGAAAAAUAUCCCACGACAGCGCCGCGCAAUCUACAGUUGCAGCAGCAGCAACAACAGCAACAGGGUGGCUCUACCCUUCCGUCUAUGGGCGUCACCGGGGAGGGACGCUCUGCUCAGAGAACGAUUGAGCGAGAUGAGAUAGAAGACGUAGACGGUGGUCGGUUUGACGAGGCGUCGGAGGCGUCUUAG